AAUAAAUGUACACUUGCUGAAAUAAUCACGUUCCAGUUUUUUUUCAUUCUUCUGAAAUUGAUCGUUUUGUUUCUUCACCUUUGCUUUCUUUGUUUCUCCCACCUUAAAUAACCUAAGCAUACCACUCUGUUAUCAUCGAAAAAUUCUUAUUUCGUUUUGUUUCUCCAAUCUCUUUUUUUUUUAUUUUGUUUGGUUUUGGCUACGGGGCACUAAUUAAAACAAUGGCUAUGGCUAUGACUAUGGAUCGGAUCGCUUUUUCCUCACCCUCAUCAUUUUAUCAUCGUUCUUCUCAUCAUCAUCCUCAUGGCUCCAGAUCUUCCAGAGUUUUCAUGGCUUCCUCCACUCUCCGUUCCGUUUCCACACAGGAUACGAAUGGAAGGAAACCAUAUAUUCCCCCAAGAGAGGUGCAUCGUCAAGUGAAAUAUUCAAUGCCACCACAAAAGCUGGAGAUCUUCAAGUCCUUAGAAGGAUGGGCUGAAGAGAACUUGUUGGCUUACCUAAAACCUGUUGAGAAAUCAUGGCAGCCUACUGAUUUCCUCCCUGAAGCUGAGUCAGAAGGAUUCUAUGACCAAGUGAAGGAGCUAAGAGAAAGGUGUAAGGAGCUUUCUGAUGACUACUUUGUUGUGCUUGUUGGUGAUAUGAUCACAGAGGAAGCACUUCCGACUUAUCAGACCAUGAUUAAUACAUUGGACGGGGUUAGAGAUGAGACGGGAGCAAGUCCUUCUCCUUGGGCAGUAUGGACGAGGGCAUGGACUGCUGAAGAGAAUAGACAUGGUGAUCUUCUUAACAAGUAUCUUUAUCUGUCUGGACGAGUAGACAUGAGGCAGAUUGAAAAGACAAUUCAAUACCUCAUUGGUUCUGGAAUGGAUCCAAAAACUGAAAACAAUCCUUACCUGGGCUUCAUCUACACGUCUUUUCAAGAAAGAGCUACAUUCAUCUCACAUGGAAACACAGCCAGACUGGCAAAGAAUCUUGGAGACUUGAAACUUGGGAAGAUUUGUGGCACCAUUGCUGCUGAUGAGAGGCGUCAUGAAACAGCCUACACCAAGAUUGUAGAAAAGCUCUUCGAAAUCGAUCCUGACACCACAAUCGUGGGAUUUGCUGACAUGAUGAAGAAAAAGAUCUCGAUGCCUGCUCAUUUGAUGUACGAUGGUCGUGAUGAUAACCUAUUUGACCACUUCUCUUCCGUGGCACAGAGGCUUGGUGUCUACACUGCCAGGGACUAUGCUGAUAUACUGGAAUUUCUUGUGCAAAGGUGGAAUGUGCAGAAGUUGUCAGACCUUUCUAGUGAAGGACACAAGGCCCAGGACUACCUCUGUGGAUUACCUGCUAGGAUCCGCAAACUUGAAGAGAGGGCUCAAGGGAGAACCAAAGAAGCUGCAAAAAACAUACCAAUCAGUUGGAUAUUUGGUCGAGAGAUCAGGGCUUAAAUAAAAGAAGUAAUGUUAUCCAAUUUCUUCCAUUUUAUAAUCCCAAGCAACCAAGAAAGCUAUAAAGACCUUCACCAACACCAUGAUGAAGAGGCCAGAAGAAUGUUAUGUUGGAAUGUGUGUAGAUAAAGUAUGUGUUAGGAGGCUGUGCUUUGUUUGGAUAAGUUAAAUGCAUCCAAAGAAUUUGCUUUAUGUUGACAAUUUUAUUUAUUUGUUUCUUCUUCUCUAUUUUGUUACACUAAAUCCAUCUUGUUAGUAUUGUAUCCAAAUUCUCUAA